UCGAGCCCGGACCGUGGUUCUGCAAAUUUCCCUUCGCUGACCGGACUCGGAUUCGGGUCCGAGCAGUUGCGAGUCAGACUGAAGGACGAAGAAAGGCAUAGUAGAUUUUCAUGGGUCUUGGUUCCCAAACAGCCUCAGUUUUGCUUGAAAUGGCCAUGGGACAUCCACCGGAACCCCACCGACCCCGGAGGCUGUAGCUUUGAAACUCCAUGGUUAUUCAAAUCUUUGCAAAACAUCGGCUCUCUCGCUUCCAAUCUCCUCGUCCCUGCCUUAAAACCCCCGCUUUCUCAUGACCCAUCUUCUCGAUCCUCGGCCUUAGUUGCUGGAAACAGUAAAGACAAGGUCUUGAGGUCACAAAAGAAGGGCUUGAGUGCUGAAGAGCAAGGAGAGGCGGAGCAGAGAGCGUUUGCCUCUGCUCUGGCCAGUCGGAAGGAGGCCACUGUGAUUGAGUUCUACUCACCCAAGUGCAGGCUGUGUAGUUCUUUGCUCAAGUUUGUUCUGGAGGUGGAGGGACGGAAUUCGGAUUGGCUCAACAUUGUUAUGGCCGAUGCAGAGAAUGCGAUGUGGCUUCCUGAGCUCCUCCACUAUGACAUUAGAUAUGUUCCUUGCUUUGUGCUUUUGGACAAAAAUGGAAGCGCACUGGCAAAAACAGGCAUCCCAAGCAGUAGGCUUCAUGUAAUAGCUGGCCUCUCUCAUCUUCUCAAAAUGAAGCGUCCGCAAAACGAGUGAUUGCUACAUCAGGCAAUGCUGGUGAUUGAGCCGACACUGGAUGACAAUUCUUGAAAGCUAUUAUGGUAUUUGAAGUUGCCUAAGUUGAUUAGGUGGAAAUCGCCGACUGCCUUUUAUCCUUCUACCGGGAGUCGCCUGUUAAUGCAGUGAUUUGUACUUUUCCUUUUCUGUAGAGUCGUGACAAGCUGAAUAUAAAAAAGUUGCUGAUUGAUGGCCUUCUUCCCAACAGAAUGGUUGAGGGGUCGAAACCAAUUUCACGUCAA